CUAUGUUAUCGUAAAUACAAAUCCCAGAUAUCCUGAAGAACGCCCAUACAUUUUACGAUGGACCCCAACGUCUUUGGUAUUGCUUGUAAUGGACUCUUGUGUUUCCAUGUGAACUAAGUAAUAUGAACGCUUACCAACUUGCAAAAUGUCUAUCAAUUCUAAGCGCUGAUUUUCAGUGUCGUGGACCCUUACAGAUGUCAUGUCGAAUGACUAAGCAGCUUAACCCCAAAAAAGUAAUAGUCAUAGUUGUCCUGGUGAAUCUCUACAGUAUGUCGCGAUUUCAUGCCAGCACUUUCAAGUAUGCAAUUGCUCUGUCAAUUGGUAUAAAGCAAAGACCAGAUUUGUUAUAUAGAGCACAGUUAUCUUUGUUAGUUGAUCUCAUGGCUACAUUGAAAAUGACUGGUUUUUUUUCAUUUCUCUUUCGCUUUAUGAUGAUUUCAUUUUAGCCGGACUUUUUUUUUUCUUUUCCUUUUUUUUUCUUUGGGCGAGAAUCGCUGCUGACAGCCGAUAAUUUUCUUUUUUUGUUUCAUGGGUUACUCUGGUAAAGAAGGACAAGUGGGGGAAAAGAGUCGACAGGCUACUAAACACCCAGGGUAGUGUUGAAAACGCUCUGUGAGCGACUUGACACC